CGCGGUGCGUGCAGCAGCGCACGCAUCCCUUGAACCAUGGCAGUCCAGAAGCAUCACUACUCACAAAGCUACCGAUUGAGCGCAUGCGCGCUAGGAACGGGAAAACUACAAACGCGUGAGCUCCGAUUGGCUACUGACCAAAGAACUACAGCUCCCAAUAGACAUGCGCAAAAAGUCCCUCUUAAAGCCUUUUAAAUUUACGUGCAAAAUGGCUGCACAGGUCGAUCUACUACGCGUCAAAGUAGAGGAGAAGAGCAGGGACAGCUUUGACAAAGCCACCAAAGAGAAGAAAAAGAAGAAAAAACGGGAAUGUUCGCCGUCCGAUGACAAGCGCGAGAGAGCGGAGAAGGAAGCGAAGAAAAUAAAGCUACAUCACCACCAACACCAUAACCAACACCAACAUGCCCAACAGCGAGCGCAUCCACCGCACCAACAACAGAACAGCCAAGCGCGCGACUUCAGCAAAGAGCAGGCACCUGUGCAACACCGCCAUCUCAACCACCAUCACCAUCACAGCUCCAAGAAAGAAGUACCUCCGGGAUGGCCGCCGCGCAAAGUGACACCAGCAACGGCUCACGUCCCGCAGAAGACGGUCCUGCCUCCUUCCCCGCUCUUCACUUUCACGCCGCUCAAAGUAGCGAAGGCCGAGACCCCCAAUAACAAGCCCAAACACAUCGAGAAGGACGCCAAACUCAAGCCCAAGAAGGAAAACGCCGAGGCGAAUGUUAAAGUGGGGGAAUGCAAGAAGAAGAAAGAGCCCCAUAAUGAGAAUGGCAAAACCCAGACCCUGGAGGAAUACCUUCUAAAGAAAAAGAAAAAGAAGAAGCGGCAUCGUGAAGAUGAGCGAGGCAAGAAGUUGCGUGUGCACAACAAAGAGGUCCAGACGCUCUGCACAGGAUUGAGAGGAGAUGCUCUGGCACCUUCUGAAGACCCUGUGUUGCAUGCAUACAUCAAAAAUGAAGAGCUGUGUCUAAGCUUAGGCAAGUACUACACUCCCAAAGCUGAGAAGAAGCCGUUCCUCUCACACCGAGACCACUUCAUCCGCAGCUCGUGGCUUCAGACCAGCGGCUCCUUCAGCAGACUGAUCCAUGAGGAAAAGCAGCCCAAUGGAGGGGCAUCUGUACUACAUGCUUACGCAGAUGAACUGUCUUUACUGCAACCAGAGGACACUGAAAGAUUCGCCCAGGAGUUUCUGGAUCUGGCCUUUGCUGAACACCCUAAAGGAGCCGCACGCUAUGCUCUCGCUGUGGUGCACGGAGCGGCUGCAUACCUGCCCGAUUUCUUGGACUACUUUGCCUUCAAUUUCCCAAAUACACCUGUCAAGAUGGAAAUCCUUGGUAAAAAGGACAUUGAGACCACCACGAUUGCCAACUUCCACUCUCAGGUGAACCGAACGUACUGCUCUGGGACAUAUAGAGCUGGUCCCAUGAGGCAAAUCAGUCUGGUCGGUGCAGUAGAUGAGGAGGUGGGCGACUACUUCCCAGAGUUCUUGGACAUGCUUGAGGAGUCUCCGUUUCUGAAGAUGACUUUGCCAUGGGGCAGCCUGUCUAGCCUAAAGCUUGACUGCAGGUCUCAGAGUGAUGAUGGUCCCAUCAUGUGGGUGAGACCAGGAGAGCAGAUGGUCCCCACAGCCGAUAUGCCCAAAUCUCCAUUCAAGAGACGAAGAUCAAUGAAUGAGAUCAAGAACUUGCAUUACCUCCCGAGAACCAGUGAGCCACGUGAGGUGCUCUUCGAGGAUCGGACGCGAGCCCAUGCUGAUCACGUUGGCCAGAGUUUCGACUGGCAGAGUACAGCAGCUGUGGGUGUCCUGAAAGCUGUGCAGUUUGGGGAAUGGAGUGACCGGCCACGGAUAACCAAAGAUGUGGUCUGUUUUCACGCCGAGGACUUCAAUGACGUCGUUCAAAGGCUUCAGCUAGACCUGUAUGAGCCACCUGUGUCACAGUGUGUCCAGUGGGUGGAUGACGCCAAACUCAACCAGUUACGGCGAGAAGGCAUCCGCUAUGUCCGCAUGCAGCUCUGUGACGAUGACAUCUACUUCAUCCCUCGCAAUGUGAUCCACCAGUUCAAGACCGUCUCGGCCGUGUGCAGCCUUGCAUGGCACAUCCGUCUAAAGCAGUACUACUCCGAGGAAGAGAAGGAGGAGAAAUCGAAGGACAUUAAGACCAAUGACCUGUGCUCCACAUCAUGUCCUCCCCCCUCUUCGUCCCCUGUUCACCCAGACACCAAAGUCACCUCUUGCGCCCAGCUACAAGCAGACGCGGCUCAAGGCGGAGUGGCCAAAAUGGACGAACUGGUUUUCCAGAAGCCCGCAACGCCACCCAGAGAGCCACAGCCUGCACCUCCUCAGCCGGCUAAAUCUGCCCACACUGUUCCCGCCGCUCUUGUCCCAGCACCCUGCCCUCUGUCCUCGCCCACACCAGAGCAAAUGCUUCCACAGGCCCCCACCGAGCCUGCAUCAGACUCCUCACUCGACGGCAGCAGAUCCACAGAUUCCCCCAAAUGACUUCCAAAUCCUUCCUUUUGCAGAGGGAUGGGGUUUUAUUUCACCUUACAGACUUGACUGACAUUCCACAGUGUAAAAAAAGGAAUAUCUGGACUUUGCCUAGAAAUGAAGAUGAAGAACUGUAUAUUUUUCUGUUUUAGCUUUUGGUUAAGGAAAGGAACCCGUGAGUACUUUUUAGGUUUUUCUCAGCCAAAGUAUUUAAUUUGAAAUAUAUUUUUGCUGAUUACUCAGUAUUGUUUUAUAUUUGUUUAUAUAUAUUAUUAUUAUUAUUAUAAAUUAGAUUAACUAUCUCUCAAGAGGGACUUUUCACAUUGUUUCCCAGGCCGUUGUUUGCAUCAUGUUGAUCUGCUAAUUGGUUUUUACAGACAAAAACAAGGAAAAAAGUGCCUGUCACAAGUGGAGAGCAGCAAUCAUAUCUUAAAAGAGAACAAUAGUCUUAUUUUUCCCCCCAUGGUGUACUGUCACUGAAAUAUUUGACAUAUUUAAGCUAGACUAGUGAGGGAGGUAUCGAUUUAAAGUGAGAGAGAUUUGUUUUUUAUUUUAUCUUUCUCUGGUUUGCUUGAAGGAAAAUUAAUUAUUUUUUGAAUGACUAAUAACAGUAAUUAUCAAAGAGGAACUUGUGCUUUACCUCUCCUAUACAGGAAAUAGGAUUUGGUAUCCCCAAGAGGGUUGUUUAUUUGUUUGUUCAUUUUAAUUAUUUAUUUUUGUCUUUUAAGAUCAUGGUCAUGAAUUAAUUUGUCAUGUUUGUUUUCUGUCUGGAUUGUGUGCGGAAGCCGUUGUGCUUUCUUAUGUUUUUAUUUUUGACAGGAAAGACAUAUUCCAUGUCCGGAUGUUAGCAGAAAACUAGAUGGAAAUGGAAAUAACCAAACCUACACUCAGGGGCAACAUUCUGAUGCCUUUUCAUUUGGUCAAGUCUCCUUCUACUUUACUUUAAAGUUUUAUAGCAAUCUAAUCCAUACAUUCAGAUUUUGGGGUUUUGAUUGAAUCUUUAAUUCUGACGUGUUCGUAUGAUCUUGAUGUAAAGGAAACGGUCUCUUGAUUCAGAUGGAUCAUCUAAACAAGCUUCCAUUCAGUUUGUACACAAUUCUGCUCAUACUUUCAGAGUAGUUUUAGAGUCACAAAGGAAAUAUCUUUUUAAAUCAUACUUUUAUUUUCUUUCUUUUAUUUGUCUCUCAUUGUCAGCACUUUUAAAAAAAUGCCCCGAAUGACUAAUCCUGUUGCUUUGUCCGUUUAAAGCACUUGUUGAUUUGUUUUUGUUUUUUCUGAAAAUCAGUCAAUGCAAAUAUGAAUUAACUUAAGGCAUGAAUAAACUCCUGUUUUUCUUGUACAAGAAAACUGUUGUAUGUUGCUCUUCCCAUAAUCCGCUACCCACAUUUUUUUUCCUUCAAAAAGCAUCUAAUAUUAUUUAUGAGUAUAGUAGCAGCUGCAGGAGGCACAUAUCCAGUGCUAUUGCAUAACACUUGUUCCAUAUGUAUUUGAUCUGAUGUUGUCCAUAGUAAUUUAUGAUAAGCAUUCUAGGGACUGCAGUUUGGCUUUCACUUGCUGAGUGUAGUUGUGUGUCAUUAAUGUUUUUGCACAUGUUGGCUUGUUUCUUUUGAAUGGGAUUCAGUCUCAAAGCAGGCAGUUGGUGUUUUUGAAAGGGUUAUGGGCAGUAGUUGUGCUUCUCUGUUGACUCCAAGAUGUGUUAAUGACUGAUUUGAAUGUAAUUUCACACCAGCAAGCCAAUCAGUCUACAUUGAUUAUGGUUUCAACAAAAUUAUCUAAUGGCUUUCCCUAAUCAAAUGCAUCCUCUAUAAAUGAGUGCCUUUAAUUGUCUGCUAUUAAGCUUAUUGAUGUUGUUCAAGUUGUACAAAGAAUUAAUUGUGAUGGAAUUUCAUAAAGUCUGGCAAUAAGUAAAGAUUGGGGAUUUAUGAUCAUAAAAAAUCAUGCAUACUCUCUGCUACAAAUUCUAAUUAUCCAAAAGUAACUAAAAUGACCAUUUUAUUGGUCACCAAAUGCCAAAAAAAAAAAAAAAAGAAACAUUUGUGGUAAAUUACUUAUAUAAAUCUGCUUCCUAUAUUUCCCAGUGUUUUUAAAUUAGGGUUCGAAUUAUAUAGGCAGGUGUGAAAUAAUUUACCCUAUUUAAUAUUAAUUCCUCAGUUACAGGUUCUGCAGAUUAACAAUUUUGCUUAAUGAAAGAAAAGAUCAUUUUAUUAUUUCAUCCAGAAUAAUUAAGAUUGUUUUAAGAUGUCUUUAUUGGUGUCUUUAACACCAAUCCAUUGAGAUGAAUCUUCCCAUAUGUUGAGUUUCAGACCUGUUUUCCACUUUGCAUCACAGGAUAAUGCUUUUAUACCUUACGGUUUCUUGUUAUAUUGAAAUAAACAUGAUGUUUAGUGUUCUUUGUUUCUUCUCAAUUUUGGCAGCUAGUUUUCUUUUUUUGUGUUGAUCAGGUUUCGAUGGUCAUUUGUAAUAUAGGAAAAAUCCACUUAGGGAUCAAGGCAUGCUCUGUGUGUUUGAUUCAUUAUUUGCUCUGUUUGAUAUUUGUAUAAAGGUUUUCGAUUUCAUCGAUUUUUAAAGACUAAUUAGACUGUCAAUUAUGAACAUAGUCAAAGUAUUGUUUUGUAAAUGCUAAGUUACAUUUAAUAGAACUGUCAUGUGGAUCUUUUCAAUUGUGUAAAAAUGCAAUGGAAUGCAUAGACUUUUUCUGUAUUUUUUUAAAUAAACCAUUUUAUGAGUGUA